AUGGGAGCUUCACCUGAUUUGAGCAACCCCGGCGCGGAGGGCGUCCCCUUCUUCACGCCCGCCCAGAACCCACCCGCAGGAACGGCCCUGGACGCAUCCACGGCGCCGACCCUGUUCAGGCCGCUCAGGAUCCGCGGCGUGACGCUGCAGAACCGCUUCGUCGUGUCCCCCAUGUGCACCUACAGCGCCCGGGACGGGCACGCCACCGACUUCCACCUCGUCCACCUGGGCCAGUUCGCCCUCUCCGGCGCCGCGCUGACCUUCGUCGAGGCCACGGCCGUCGAGGCGCGCGGGCGCAUCUCCCCCAACUGCCUGGGGCUCUGGCAGGACUCCCAGGUCGCGCCGCUGAGGCGCAUCGUCGACUUCGUCCACAGCCAGGGGGGCAAGGCGGGCAUCCAGCUUGCGCACGCGGGGCGCAAAGCGAGCACCCUCGCCAGGUGGGUGAUCGAUGGGACGGGGGCGAACCUGGCUGAGGAGGCUGUGGGUGGGUGGCCUGACGAUGUGGUGGCGCCGAGUGCGAUCCCCUUUGCUGGGGACUAUGCGACCCCGAAGGCGCUGACGGUGGAGGAUAUCAAGAAGCUGGUUCAGGGGUUCGCUGAUGCUGCGAGGAGGGCUGUGGAGGCUGGGUUUGACGUUAUUGAGAUCCAUGGUGCGCAUGGCUAUCUGAUUACGCAGUUCCUUUCGAGCCUCACAAACGUAAGUUUUUAUGUAUUAUCCGCUUAUCACCAGAACGCUUACGAAUGAGAAAUAGAAACGUACGGAUGACUACGGCGGUAGCUUUGAGAACCGGACCCGGUUCCUCAGGGAGGUCGUCGCGGCGGUUCGUGCCGUCAUCCCUGAGUCCACGCCUCUCUGGCUCCGCAUCUCGGCGACGGAGUGGAUGGAGUACGCCGACAAGGAGUCCUGGAAUAUCGACGACAGCAUCCGCCUGGCCAAGAUCCUCCCCGGGCUGGCCAUCGAUGUCCUGGAUGUCAGCAGUGGCGGCAACAACAACGAUCAGAAGAUCAAGGUCCACACGCACUACCAAAGCGACCUCGCGGGCCAGAUCCGAGAGGCCGUGCGGGCAGAGGGGCUGGAUCUCAAGAUUGCGGCGGUUGGUCAGGUACGGGAAGCCGACGUGGCUCGCGAGAUUGUGCAGCAGAACGGGGAUGGCAGGGUUGGCGUCGAGCUGGAGAAUGGGCAGGUCACCCGGGCGGACCUUGUGCUUGUGGCCAGGCAGUUCCUCAGAGAUCCCCAGUUUGUGCUGAGGGUGGCUGA